AUGGAGACAGAAAACGAGUUGCCUUUGUCUCCUCCGGUAAUUAUCACUCCAGAUAUGUCGAGCUAUCCGACGAAAUUUCGCGAAAAGAAGAUACAAUCAAGGACUUCAUUGGCAACUGAUAGAUUUUCUUGCAUUUCGUUUCUAACAACGAGCCAAAGAAGUGAUCAUACUGUAUGGAUACCAAGAUGGCGGAGUCUUCCAUGCGACCUCGAAAAAGAAAUCUGGUACGAUGAUUGCCCAGAGUUUUUAAAAGCCUGGUCGAGAUAUCGAAUCACUAAUAUGGCUCGCCGGUACAAAACAAUGGAUUAUAUUCACAUGGUUCUCGCUGAUACAAGCGCAGAUCUUUAUUCCGAAUUGGACGGUUGCUGUGAUCUAUCAACUGCAGUCGGUAUAUCAGUAAGUAGGGAUUUAUUGAACUGUUCUGCGGAUUUUUCGGAAAAUGGAUCUGGAAUUGUCCCACGAAGUGCAUCAGAUGAAAAUAUACAAUAUUGUGACCGCGAAGGGGACAGGCAGUGGCAUCUGACUCAGAUGAAUUUGAAUUAUGCCCUCGCUUCAUCGCGAACGUGUUCGACUGAAGAACUCAACAAGGACCAGAGGAAUAUUCAUAGAAUUGAAAAAUGGCUUAAAAGAUGUAACAGUGGUACGAAUUGA